AGCGUUUUACUACAAAAACUUAGUUUGGGAAAUACUUUUGCCACGAGACCAAUUUGGUAAAUACUUUGCUAAAUUAGCUCACCUUGGUAAAAAGUCCCAAAAAAAACUGACUAUAACUUUUCGAGAUUAAUUAGGCCAAAUUGGAUACGCGCGCUCCCACAGCUAGUAAAUAAAUGAAAUUACUAGUACUCCACUAGUACUCCCCAAAAAAAAUAGAAGUCAUCUUCCAAAAAUAAAAAUACAUGAAUUGGCCCCCAAGAAAUUGAAGCUACCAGAGUUAGAUUCUUCAUGCUUAUUCUUCGACGGCAUACAGUACUGGUGGAGGACUUUGUAAGAGACUUUGGAAUUCAAUUCUCCAAUUUUCCAGUAAUUCGGACAUAAUUUAUUUCGCAAAAAUCCUGCCAAUUUUGAUAAAAAAAAAAGAAACAUUAUGGCAACAUUCAGUCGAUUAUUUACAAGAAGAGCUUGUCGCAGUGCAAUUUCUUCUUCUAAAACCAUAAACCCUACUUGUUUAGCUCAACCCCUUCAAACUCGUCUUUAUCAUGGUUGUGGAACCCAGCAGCAAGUAACCAGUGCAUUUAUAGGCUGUAUUCCAUUUUCUAGUUUUGAGUCUACCCGGUCACUUUGCAUUCCGCUUGUGCUAGCUAGUAUUGUUGGUGUUGGGAUUCUAGACGUGGCUUAUGCAGAUACCAGUGAGGUUUCUGCCGAUUCUCCCUUGCCACCUGAUAUCCCAUCAAGUUAUGAUAACCUGGAAGAAAUAGCAAAAAAGGAACAGUGGAGGCUGGAGGAUCUUAUAAGAAGCAAAGGCAUGGAGUAUGGUUCUUAUCCACAAUUCACUGUUGCGUUAAAGGGCGAAAAGAUUGCUAUCAAGUUUCCAGUACCCGCUUAUUGCGAAAUCCCUAGACUGAUAGAAAACCUUGCUUCAAGCCUCAAUGGUGGUUCACUAAUGGAUGCUCAAAUUAGGGACAGGUGAUUUCAAAGUUUAAGCUCCUUCAUCUUUUUUGGCUUUUCUUUUUACAUAUUUUGGACGUCAUAUCUGUUUAUGCUAUUUCAAUUUCAUCGCUAUUAGUACUUAAUUCAGUUAUAUUUUGUUAUUGAAUCUGCUUUUAUCAAUUAACUCUAUUUUUUUUUUCUGUUAGCCUGUACAAUUUCAGCAUAGUUACUUGUCAGCUAGCACUCAGG